UCGGCCUGCUGGCGAGCUGCGAGUCGCCCCAUUACGACGUCAUCAGGGACCUCCGUUUUUGCGGCCACUCACAAUCCCAUGCCGAUGCACCUCUCCACCACCGGCCGGCCUUUCGACGACAUUACCUUCGUGCACUCGUCGAGGGGGAUUACUGAGAUGCCAUAAUGAGCAAAUCGAGGAGGGAUGUCAAUACCGGGGAAACGCCUCUUCCCACCACGUCGCCGACUGCAUCGCGACCGCCCCUCCAGCGACUUGCCGCGAGCGACGCAUCCUACCAGAUCCAACCACCGCAAAAAGGGUUCCGAGACCCGCCUCAGGGCCGCGACCAUGACACCACGGAUACCGAUAUGAGCGAAGACGAGGCCGCGCUCGGCCAGGGCGACGCUGGAGCGACGGAAAGGGAGCAUGUAGAGAUUGAGCCGCAGGGCAGCGCAUCACCAGAGGACGCGGAGAUUGAGCGGCUGCGCACCCUGCAGCUGAAAGUGCUGCAGCAACAGCAGCGUACGCGCCUGCGGAGUACUCAGAGUACCCAAAGUACCCAAAGUACUGACACUGCCGUGAGCGUUCGUCGAGUAUCGCCAAUCAAGGAGGAACCCAUGUCUACCAUGUCGCCAACGCUGGAAGGAGCCUUCAACAGCCCCAGUCCACUGCUGUCAGGCUAUACGACGUCGACGGAAUCAACCGAAUCGGCGAGAACAAUUCGGGGAAGUAUGCCACCCACACCGGCAGCGCACCAAGCGCUUAGAACGCCCUCGUACCCCUUCCCCACCGUCCCAAACACCCCCAGGUGGGCUUCUGCAUUUCACAUGCCCUUCACUAACCUCUCGCCUACCGUCUCUGCCAUCAACACGAGAGAAUACGCAGCGCCAAAGGAGCGAGUUGCCUCAGAGACCAGCACGCCUGCUGCUUCGACGACUCCAUUUGCGCCGGGGGAAAGAGCCCAUCACAGCUCCGAGGCCGAAGACCCCCGAUUUCCGAGUCCCAAUCUCUACGAUCUGGUAUUGCGAUUAGGCUCAGAGCCUGGGCUUGCCGCAUGGUGGACAACUGUCACCUCAAUAAUGUGCGACCACUACUCGGCAGAAAGAGCAACUUUGGCCGUGCCCGCGGAUUCAUCGGAUAUCGAAAACGUACCGUGGGGCCAGAAGACUAGUUUCACGGCCACGACCGAUGAUGGCAGUCCGCGCAUGGCUAUAUAUCAAGAUGCAAGAGUCCAGCAACAUCGCAAGGAGCUAACGCAACAGUCACAAGGCUUCCAGUAUCCCGAGCAAGAAUAUACGCCGCGCACUCCUUUGAUACCGGAGAGAAGACCCAAACUGUUCUCACAUCAUUCGUUUGCCGGUCAUGAGCGUCAGAAGCAAAACCAACCAUCGGACAGUCCGACACCGAUGCCGCCCGUGCGACCCCGGGGUCCAAUGCGGGCUGUCAGCCAUGCACCUCAAGCGGCCAUACGAGAACAUCCGCUGAGGCAGGUCUCUCAGGCAUCGCUUGAUGGAACGUCAAGUCACGGGGGACCUACAUUUAGCGAUCCGGAAUUCUCAAGCGUUGGCGAGCCAUCGGCACCGACUGCCGUAUUCAACGUACUUCGUGCUCUCGACCAUGAACCCGAUGCCUUGAUCGAUAACACCGGUGUCAAUCGGGUUCUAGAGCGAGGACGCUUGGUCACAUUAACCAGAGAUUAUUCCACAUCGUUUUCGACGUCCAAGGAAGACCUUGCUGAGAAAGAUAAAAGUGAACAAUCCAAAGCAUCCGCGACGCAAGCAACUACUACAGGACAGGAAACUCUAAAGGCUACGACUUCACGCGGCCGCAACAAUCUUGCAACCAGUGACCCCAGGUUGCAACCUCGCUAUGAGGAAUACGAGCAGUAUCCAAGCUCACCUUGGGCACAGUCACCUGCUCCAUCACCGGCCAUACAGAACGAUGCUGAUCAAAAUCCAUUCUUCACUACGGGACGAGUGGACGAGGAGACGUUCAAUCCUUCGCGUUCUCCACAAGAUUACACUCAAUUCGGCUUGGUAGAGGCCAUCGGCGUGGACAAGGCUAGCACCGUUACACACAUACCGCUCAUACACCCGACACUAUCGCAAUUGAUGAACCCAACAGAUAUUCCGACUCCUUCUCAGACCCCCUCUCAGUCCCGGAGCCAAUCAGAACAGUCGACGCCUGGCGAUUCAUGGAACAGGGAAGGCUUUGCACGCAAAGCACCUAUUGCAAUUCUCUCCAUUCUGUCCCCUACUGUCCCUUAUCCUCGCAACUUGACCAAUUCACUGAAGCACCUUGGACCACACCUGGCAACGUCGUUCUCGAACGCUUGGCAGUUCACCAAUGCACAGUCUCAGGUUGCCUCCAUCAGGCAGCGUCGUAUCGCAACCGAUGUAGAUCUGCCUUCUGAUAAAGGAAAAUUUGACGAUUUGCUUCACCUCGACCUUGAAGACAUAACAAUGUCUACCGCUGGUAGCGUUACUAGCCCGUCCGACUACUCCGGUCGUUCAAGACAUAGUCCUGGUGGGUCCAUGUCGGGGACUCCUGGAUGGGACGCGUCGUCUUUGGGGUUCUCAAGCAAGCAUUCUAUAGGUGGUACGCCAGGUCACCUUACAGGUAGUGAGGCUGUUGAAAGUUACUUUGACUCCAAGAAGAAAUCGAGUCGGACGCCAAUUCAACCAGCUACCUCCGGCCAAGAGCAACCCAUUCGUAACUCUGAGAACAGGCGCUCAAAGCGGGUCAGCGUAAACCCAACGAUCGAACAAGCAGAAGAUGACGUUGUCACGCCACGUAAUGAGAAGGCCCAGGACGAGGAAGCGUUGAGUGCGCGCCGCACGCAACCACAGGGGGCCUCGAACCAUGGCCACUCUCUCUUACACUCAUAUGGCGCUGACUUUAGUUCCUCGUUCCAAUCGUUACCAGCAGCAACAACGCCAGCCGGACGGCCACCAGUCCUUCCAGGCCGUGUCAGAAGAGGCUCAAUCACAGAAACAUUUGAAAUGCCACCACCAUCAGAGAGUUUGCUGCGGACCAUUAUAGACUCUUUGCCCGUUCAGAUAUUCACAGCAGCUCCAAGUACCGGUGUAAUCAGUUGGGUAAACUCGAAAUUCCUAAUAUACCGGGGUCAAGAUUGCCGUCAAGUGCUACAGGAUCCUUGGGAAGCCAUUCAUCCGAAUGAUCGGGGCCCCUACCUGGAAGACUGGAACAAGUCUCUGCGCACUGGUCAACAACUCCAGAAAAAGGUUCGAAUGCAACGUUUCGACAAGUGUUAUCGAUGGUUCUAUGUCCGUGUUGCACCGCUGAAGAACAAGCGGCAACAGAUUGUUCAUUGGAUUGGCACCAACAUGGAUUUCCACGAACAACAUCUUGCCGAGCAGAACUCAGCGCGGCAACAGGAGACUGCUGCCUCAGAGGCAAAGUACAGAGCUUUGGCGAAUUCAAGUCCGCAGAUCGUUUUCGUCGUCUCAGAUCGCAGGGGUCUAACAUUCUGCAACUCACAGUGGAUAACUUAUUCUGGCCAAACGGAGACUCAAGCGCUUGGGAGCGGCUUCUUGGAACAAGUUCAUUCGGAUGAUAUCAUCAAGUGUAAGCUGCCUGAGCUGAAUGAACAUGGCGUUGCCAAUGUUCCCACCACGUUCCCAUCAGAACAUGCGCGCCAGGACUCAUCUUCUUCGGAUGAGUCAUCGGAAACCGAGAAGACAGUCACAAGCCCUGGAAGCUCUUCGCCAGAUGUCAAAGAUCUACCGCAAGCAAAGUUAUCCAAAUUGGCAAGCGCUGGAAUUCUCAGAAUCGUAAAGGAUGCAGAUGGACGCGCCUCUUAUUCCACCGAAGUCAGACUGCGCAACAGGGAUGGUGAUUACAGGUGGCAUCUAGUCAGAAUAUUACUUGAAAAGUCCCUUGCAGAAGACAGCGAGGAGGAGACUUGGUAUGGUACCGCUACCGACAUCAACGACCAUAAGCUGCUAGAGCAGACACUGAAGGAAACCAUGGAUGCGAAAUCCAAAUUCUUGAGCAACAUGUCCCACGAGAUUCGAACUCCACUCAACGGCAUAUCGGGCAUGGUAAACUUCCUCCUCGACAGCACACUCAACGCCGAGCAGUUGGAGCACGUUAAUAUCAUCAAAUCAAGUACCGAUAGCUUACUGAACCUCAUCAACGACAUUCUUGAUUUGUCCAAGGUUGAAGCCGGCAUGAUCAAGUUAUCGAUGGACUGGCUCCACCUGCCAUCGCUGAUCGAAGAAGUAAACGACUUGAAUAUGGGGCUGGCUAUUGAGAAAGGCCUGGAACUCAACUAUUUGGUGGAUGAAGGAGUGCCGUCCAUGGUCAAAGGUGACAAAUUCCGCAUUCGGCAGGUUCUUCUCAAUGUGGUUGGCAAUGCCAUCAAAUUCACUUCGAGAGGCGAGAUCUUUGUUCGCUGUAGGCUCCAGCCGCCGGAGCGCUCUGGACCGCUAAAAAACAACGAAACUAUGGUCCGAUUCGAGGUGGUUGAUACAGGACGAGGAUUCACCGAGGCUGAGGCUAAAUACCUGUUCAAGCGAUUUAGCCAGAUUGACGCUAGCAGUACCAGGCAACACGGGGGCACAGGUCUUGGUUUGGCCAUUUCGAUGCAGUUUGUUGAACUACACGGAGGCAAGAUGGACGCUCGAAGCCUGCCCAAUAAGGGUUCCACGUUCUUCUUCACCAUCAAGUUUGGCCUUCCUACCGCAGACGAUUUCCCUAAGCCACUGUUGUCAACCCCUGGAACACCAGGCCUGGAACCCCCGAGUGCAGUUCCCACAAUGCUAUCGCAAGCGCCGCAGCCAUCGCCGUUGCAGAAAUUUGUUAAUUCACAGGUCCCUGCAAGCACACAGGUCAAACGCAUGUCGAGCGUGUCAUCCGAACGGAGCGACUCUAUAAAAUCACCAGUGCCCAGCUUGUCCACCUCGGAGCGUUCACGUGACUCGCCGUCCCUCUCCCUCUCGUCUGGCAGCUCAGAUCAUUCGUUGACGAGCACGGCACUCACAGGACAAUCAAGUGUAAGGUCCGAGAGGUCGUCUGCAUCAUCAUUUCUGCGAGAAACCAUUCUACAAAAACCAGAACCACAAAUUAACCUGGCCCUUCCCCCAAAACGGCCCGACGGCGACCAUGGUACUCCUUUAGAUAACUCUUCCGAAUCUUUGGAGUCAGAGAAAACUGCUCGUCCCCCGAGUCCGCAUCGAAGUCUUUCUCCGCUGGGUAGUGCCCUGCAGCCCCCAAUGUACUCAAUUCUGGUUGUUUGUCCGCUAGUACAUAGCAGAGAGGCUACAAUUCGACACAUCAAGAACACGCUUCCUCAAGGAAUACCUCAUCAAGUUACGGGGCAGCCUAGCAUCAUUGAGGCGCAGAGAAUGAUUGGCGGGGACAACCCAGUCCUGUUCACCCAUGUUGUACUGGUAUUGCAUGACACUGUCGAGGUUCAUGCAAUCAUGGAUCAGAUAUUUAGUUCCAUGAUUCAUGGCAACACUUCUGUUGUUGUAGUAUCCGAUCCCUCGCAGAAGAAGGAACUGAUAAAAGAAGCUCCAGUCUACGACUAUGACCAACUACAAACCGAUCGACGACUCCAAUUCAUCUACCGACCCCUAAAGCCGUCCAAGUUCGCUGUCAUUUUUGAUCCACAGAAGCAACGCGAGUCCAGUACAGACCGCAACCAAGAUAGCGCUCAACAGGUGGUUGUUAGUCAAAAACUGGUAUUCGAAGAACUUAAGCGCCGGGUUGGAGGCAAGGGACAUAAAGUCUUGCUUGUUGAAGACAACAAGAUUAAUCAAACAGUAGUUUUAAAGUUCCUUGCCAGGAUUGACCUCGAUACAGAGACGGUACUCGAUGGUGUUCAAUGCACCGAUACCGUCUUCUCAAAGCCGCCAGGUUACUACUCCAUCAUUCUCUGCGAUUUGCACAUGCCGAACAAAGACGGUUACCAAGCUUGCAAGGAAAUACGGCGGUGGGAAAAGAAGCACGGGUACCGCCGCCAUCCAAUCGUUGCACUUUCCGCAAACGUGCUCGGCGACGUGUACGAAAAAUGCGUCGAAUCUGGCUUCAACUCCUACGUCACGAAGCCUGUUGAGUUCAAACAGCUCUCCAUCGUGAUGGCCAAAUUCCUAGAUCCGGCCGACCCCUCGAAACCCCCCGAACCUAUGAAACUAAAAUAGAAAGGGUGGUCCUCAC